GUGGGAGACUGAGGAACCGUGUGUUUCUGUGAAGGCGGAUAAGAUUGUAUGAAUGGGUUUUUGGUCAGACCCAAGCGUCCAUAAAGCACCUGGGAUUUCAUGUUUGACCGCGAUGGACCGAAACAUCUGGAGUUAGAGCUCACGGGAUAAUCGGACUACAGAGGUAACAAGGGGAGUCAUGGACGCUGAGAGUCUUAUUAAACAUUUUCAACGAGAGCCAGAGGCCACUUUAAUGCCAAUGUCUGUGAGCUCUGACUGGCUGGACUAUGAAAACGAGACCACCGGGAAUCAGUUCCAGCAGCCAGUCUGGCAGGUGGCUCUGUGGGCCAUGGCCUACUCUCUCAUAAUAUUGGUGUCUAUCACAGGGAACGUCACAGUCAUCUGGAUCAUCCUUGCUCAUAGACGCAUGAGGACCGUAACCAACUACUUCAUCGUCAACCUAGCCUUUUCGGAUGCAUCCAUGGCAACCUUUAACACCCUUUUCAACUUUGUCUAUGCUCUGCACAACGACUGGUACUUCGGCCUGGGUUAUUGUAGAUUUCAGAACUUCUUUCCGAUCACAGCUAUGUUUUCAUCAAUAUAUUCGAUGGCUGCCAUAUCAGUGGACAGGUACAUGGCGAUCAUCCACCCACUGAAGCCUCGCCUCUCCUCCAGCUCCACAAAGGUCGUAAUUGCUUUGAUUUGGAUGGUGGCCUUCUCGCUGGCUUUCCCUCAGUGUUACUACAGUGUAACUAAAUUUUACUACCCCAGGACCGUGUGUAUGGUCGACUGGCCGGAUGAUUAUGGAGGAACCCAUCAGCUAAGCUACCAGUUUGCAGUGAUAUUGCUGAUCUACUUGCUCCCUCUGCUGGUGAUGUUGGUGACCUACAGUUUAGUUGGUCGGUCGCUCUGGGGUGGACACAUCCCUGGGGAGGCAACAGAGCAUUACCACAGCCAGAUUACAGCCAAGAGGAAGGUGGUGAAGAUGAUGGUGGUUGUGGUGGUGACCUUUGCUCUCUGCUGGCUUCCCUACCAUAUUUACUUUAUUUUGGGCUCCUUUAACAGAGAUAUUUAUAAACAGCAUUACAUCCAGCAGGUGUAUCUGGCUAUUUUCUGGUUGGCUAUGAGUUCAACAAUGUACAAUCCAAUUAUAUACUGCUGUCUGAACCAAAGGUUUCGAGCCGGAUUCCGUCAUGCGUUUGCCUGGUGUCCCUUCAUCAAAGUGUCAGAGGAGGAUAAGAUGGAGCUGCAGUACACCCACACCUUCAGAGUCACGGUGACGCGCAGCAGCCGCAGCGUGGACUCUUACACGCAUGGAUCCAGAAAAACAAACAACGCAAACUCAGAGAAAGUUGCUUGUUUGCAGCGGAAAAAAAACCUGUGCAGCUCACAAAACUAUCACAUGGUUAGGAAACAGGAGGACACAGGAGGACUUUGAAGAUCUGCUCUGUGAGCUCGAAAAUUAUUGUUUACAAUAUCAAGGAAUGAAUGUGACUGAAAAAUAACGAAAGUACUCCUGAUCCUUUUCAUGGUUUUGGUGCGCUCUGUGCUUACUUCUAAAGAUGCUUGCAAAAGUAAUCAUACCCCUUGUUUCACAUUUGUUUUACAUGAAUACCAUAAUUUUUAUAGCAAUUUAAUUAAAUUUUCUGUAAUUGAUUAACACAAGUUAGUGCAUCAUUGUGACAUCCGAUUCAAAUGAUUAGAUUACCUCCUCAGCACGCCACCAAAUGUCUGUUGAUUACCUAUUAGUUUAGGUUAAGUGUGUGGCUGCAAGGAAAUGGAUAAAACAGAGUACAGAAACCCCUGUAAACAAGAAUGGAGAAGCUCCAACCCAGUGAAAAUGAUAAAUGGUUGGCACACGUGUCUGUUGGUGACCUGAGGUAAUACUAUGGAGAAUAAUCUUUGUUGCAAACCAGGCUUUAUUUUGUCAUAAAUAACUUCAUUUUGCCUUAACCUGUAGCUCAUUAGCUGUGUGGUGCUUGGCCUUUCUAAAUCACUUAGUCCUCUAAACUCAAAUACGUUUCUAAAUGACUUCACAGACCUGCUGCAUCAGCCCUGAAAAUUACACACAGAUUAUAACUCUUCUAAAGGUGAUUUUAGAGGGGAUUUGGUUGCAAUGGUUUUUAUUCCGGUGUGUAAGGGUGCAGGAGGGAAAUACAGAUUCCACGCUUUAGAUUUUUAUUUGUGAAUCAUUUUUAAACCAUGCAGCAUCUUUUCUGUUCACGGUUAUGCACUACUUGGUGUUUGUAACAGUAAAUGAAAACAAAAACUGAAAUAUAUGAAAGUGACAAAGCAGGAAAAGGUUCAAGGGACAUGAAUAUUUUUGUAAUGUACUGCAUGUAAGAAGGAGAGAAUCGUUGUUCACUGUAACAGAUCAUCUGACUCAAUAUCACAUGUAAAUUCUAUUUAAAAACUUUUAUUUGAUGUACAUUUUAUGGACGAUUGGAAUAGCAUGAAGAACCAAGCAAAAGAAGUAAAGGGACUUAAACCGACAGCCUUUCUUUGAGGUGCUAGCCUUUGAACAACAAGGUUCUGUUGAGGGUUUACAUUUGUUGAAUACUGUAAAUAAUAGACUAGCAGAGACUAAAUGUGAGAUUCUAAAGUUUUUUUGCUGUGUAAAAUGUCUAAAUAUGAAGCGACAUUGUUCUCUUAUGGCCAACAUCCCCUUCAUUCUUCCGCUCAUUGUAAACUUUUACAUUUCUGUGUUGCUUUUAAAAUGGUAAAUAGUUUUUUUCUGAACUCUGUAGUGCUCAAAUUAAACCUUCUAUUCAAGAUUUACAUCAUCAGAAUCAUUGCAAAAACAUUAAUAAUGAUAAAUCUAUCAGGUACUGCAAUUUUGGCAUUUUUCAACAUCUCUCCCUAAACCUAACCCAUUGUAUCACCCACUGCAGCCAUAAAUAACUUUGACUAUACCAUUCCAAAACCUUAAUGGUAUUUAGAGGAAGGUUUGUACCAUGACCACUUUUAAAUGCCAUUUUAUAUUUUUCUCUUCAGUUUACAGAACAUACUCAUCAGUCUUGGCUUCAUCAAGAGGUUCUUGCUCACCAUGAGAUUGGUUUUCUUUUUUUUCCCCCUACCCAUUUUUCAAUUUUCUCUUAAGUCCUGAACACAGACCUUAAUUGAUGUUUGUGGGGCCUGCUGUGUUUUUAUAAGCUGCUCCUCAAGGCACACUGCCCUUCAUGUUUUAGAUGCUUCUCUGCUAAAACACACCUGAUUCAGAUGAUUGCAACUCAGCAAAGCCUGAUAAUCUGCUAUGGAUGUCAGAUGUAUGAAAACUGGCAAACAUGUAAAACAUGAAAGGCAGUGUGUGUUGAGGACCAGGGUUGAAAACAAUGCUGUAGGGCC